UCUCGGUUCCCUAACUUCCGGUGUCGCGCAGCAUGACCUCGGCGUGUACAGGAGGGCUGAGUGGCAGUGUGGGCACGUGACGGGUGACCUCCGGGAGACCUGGCUAUAAGAAUAACUCAACACACAACAAUGAAUGUCUAAUCCUUGGCAACAAAAACGGCAAGUUAAGCAUAUUCCACGUAACCGUGAAGAUGUCGUCGUCCUCAUCAUCACCACCACCACCAUCUUCUGAGCCUUCUGGUAUAAAAAGUAACGCCCCAAAAGAGAAGGAAUAUCGGACACCUGGAUUUAGAGGGGUGCAGACAACCAGCCUAUUUCGAGCUGUUAACCCUGAGUUGUUUAUCAAACCUAACAAGCCUGUUAUGGCAUUUGGACUCUUCUCCAUUACAAUGUGUGUUGCCUAUAUUGCCUAUUUACAUGCAACAGAGGAAAAUAAGAGAGAUGUCUAUGAAGCAGUUGACAGUGAAGGAAACAGAUACACUAGAAGAAAAACAUCAAAGUGGGACUGACUUACUAAGAGUCCAUUGUGCUCCCUCUGGACAAACUUUAGAGUUGGCCAUCAAUAGCAAAAAAUGAGGCUGUAAAAUAAGAGAAACAAUAUUUAUAAACAAAUUCCAGAUCUGUGAUACAGGGAAUGUGUGACGUGCAUGAAAAAGAUAAAAUAAUACCCAGUGAA